GGCGGCCAUUCAAAUUGCAGCGGGCGGACAGCGCCGCUCACAAAAUGGCCGCGCCGGGAGGGACGCGGUCGCCCGGUGUGGCGGCUGCGGCGGCUCCGUGUAGUCCGCCCUCCCCGCUCCUCACGGCGGAGACGCCGCCAGCCCCGGAGCGCGGCCGCGUUGGGAGGAGGUCCCGGCGGAGCGCACCGACGGCUCUGAGCCCCGCCGUGUCCGUGGUGUUCCCGGGCUCCGUGAGCCGAGAGAGCUGCUGCCGCUUCGCCUGCGAGCUGCUGAAGCACGUCCUGCACCAGCGGCAGCAGCUCCCGCUGCCCUACGAGCAGCUCGCAUACUUCUGCCAGCGGGCCGCGCAGGAUGGAGAUGUGAUCAAGAAGCCGUCCUCUGUGGGCCUGGCAAGCAAGAAGUGCCAGCAGGUGCUGGUGGAGCUGGAGGGAGUGUUCCAACAGUUGGAAGUGAUGUUCAGCUUGACGCUGGUUCCCCGUGUUCUUAUUCUGCUCGGUGGCAAUGCUGUGAGCCCCAAGGAGCUUUACGAGCUCAACUUGGAGGGGAUCUGUGUGGGCAGCGCUGAGAAAAGCCUGAAAACCACAUCCUGCGUACGUAAGCUUUUUCACUCGCUCUUCAUUGCAGAUGUCUUCAGUGAACUCAAAGCUCUUCCCGUCACGGGCACUGUUGUUAUGCUCCAAGGGCAUCGCAAUUGUGGUGCGGAAUGGUUCCGGCCCAAGCUCAACUACAAAGUGCCAACCCGAGGAAGGAAACUGACUAUUAAUUUGUCCUGUGAUGGAGACGUUGAUACAAGUGCCUCAGCUCCUCAGACUCUGACUUCUGCUUGGGAGGACUACAUAUGGUUUCAAGCACCAGUGACGCUCAAGGGCUUCCAUGAAUGAUCUGCGCUCUAUAGAACUUUAAUGGGAUAUUGAAUAUUUUUUGGUGCUGCUUUAGGCAAUAAUCCUAUCAAAUAUAAUGGCACACUCUUGUCUCUCUGGAUCUCUUCUCUAGGACAUCUGUUGCCUUCCUGGACCACCUUCUUCCAUGUUCACCUCCUGACUUGUCAUUGAAAGCAAAUGCCCUUUAAGGCACAGUUGCAUACAGAUAUAGUGAUUCCUUAAGGAGAUUAAUUGAUAUAUUGGGUGUAAAAACUUCCCUGUGACAUGCUUGCUGAACUGACAAAUAUCGGGUACAGUCCUUCUGUGUUUUACUCUCCUGAGUUUUACUGCAGCCAUUUCUGUUAAUGAUUACUGCAUUUUAUGAUCAUUUGGGACAAGAUAACAUAUAUGAUUAUUAACAUAGCUGGCCAUUACUGUGAAGGCCAUAACCAGUCUUUACCUCACUGAUGUGAAAAAAGACCUUUUCCUGCAGCCUACUCAGGUUUGAGUACUCAAGUGCUUGCCCAUCUAGUAGAUGAUAUAUUUCUUCCCAUAACAUUGUUUCAGAUUGUUAGGAAUCCAGCAUGGUGCCCUUUAGCAACUGGGAGACUUCAUACCUAACACUGUGUCUUAUAUUGGUGAUGAAAUGAGGCUGAGUGGUCCUGUGAAGGCAAGGGAGCACAUCUGCCUAUUUCUUUACUAGUUUUUAGCCCAUCAGACCUAACAAUCAGAUUGAUAUGUGAUUAAAGUUAGGAGCAAGCAGUUUAUUCUCUCCUUCCUAUGAAGUUAGGACUCCUGCCUCAAUGUUAAAGCUUAUUCUCACUUAACAGAAAAUAAAAGUGUCUUAUUUGCUUUUGGGGCAGGGAGGAGAAACAAAUGCCAGAACCAGAUAUCUGCUGGAGUUGUCUUGAGUCAUCUGGAUAUGUCUCUGCCGUGUAAUGAGUUAAACAGCUCCAUCCAUAAGAAGAGAAUCUCUAAGCUGUUGGUAGUAAGGUUGCUUACUAGGUGCUAACAAAAGCUGUUUGAUGGGGUGAUAAAAAUCAUUUGAAAGGAGGUUGUUAAAGGGUGAGUUAACCCUCUGCACUCAGUGCAUAUUUUAAGCUUUUCUGACAUUUUGGCAGUGAAUAAGAUUGUAAAACUGGAAGGAAAUCAGUUUUUUUAAAGAACACUACAGGUGCAUUUUUGCCUUGUUAUCCAUUGACAGCUAGUAAGUGCUAAAACUAGCUCUAAGGACUGCUGGAAUAAGGAGAGCUGCCUUAUGUGCAGCUGCUCACUUGAGAGUAUAAUCACAGGUCUCUUGAAUGAAGUGUAACUCAAAUGAUUCCAUAGGAGUGUUUGAUAUCCUCAGGACAUCUAAGCCCUUUACAUUUCCACCAAAGCUGCUUGAAGUGUCUAUUUAAGUAUGCUAAAGUUUCAGUAUUUGAAGAAGGAACAAGGGGCCAAUUCCUUUCUAUCUCCUCCAGAUGAGUGCAAUGUAACUGCAUUAAGUUGUUUACAUAUUCAAUUAUACUUGAAUUAUGAAUGCAGCAGUGAUACGGUGCCAGGAAUAGAAGACAAGAUGCUUUUUUUCAUAUGAAGAGCUUUAGAGUUAAACAAGUUUAAUAGUUAUCAUCAUCAUUAUCAAAAUAAAAUGGCUUCUGUGUUGUGA